CAGGGCAGCAGCAGAGAAGAGACAAGUGCUCUGCUCAGCAGCCAUGGCACAAGUCGGAGGGGCAUGCAGGAGUUUUAAGCCACACCUUCUGAUGACCAUGGCACAGAUAGGUUACACCAUUCUCUACUUCAUCACGGAAGCCUCUUUCAACCAGGGAUUGAAUCCCCAUGUCUACAUCACUUACAGACAUAUCGUUGGUGCCUUGGUCAUGUGGCCUUUUGCUUACUUCCUCGAGAGAAAAUUACGGCCAAAGCUCACAUGGAAAUUGUUUCUGGAGAUAUGUGCCCUUUCCUUUCUGGGGGUCAGCCUAACUCUAAACAUGUACUUCGCGAGCUUAAAGUACACCUCCCCGACCUUCGUCGCUUCCAUGGUCAACACCAUUGCUGCCAUGACCUUUGUCAUCGCCGUUCUGCUCAGAAUGGAGCAUCUUUAUCUCCGGAGUCCAAGAGGUGUGGCGAAGACUGUCGGAACCAUCGUGUCGUUGGCAGGUGUUACAACCAUGACGCUGUACAAAGGGCCAACCAUGAAGAACUUCUGGGGACCUCUGAUUCAAAUCCAUGGAAAUGGCAUCCAUGAGAGUUGGCUAAAAGGAUCCAUUCUUACAAUCACAAGCUGCAUCACAUGGUCCAUGUGGUAUAUCAUGCAGGCGAUCACAUUAAAACGAUAUCCGGCACAACUUUCUCUUACUACGUGGAUGAGCUUCAUCGGGGCGGCACAGUCAGCUAUUUUUACAGCAUUUGUAGAGCAUAAACCAGCAGCGUGGAAGAUCGGAUUAGAUGUCAAACUAUGGAGUAUCUUAUAUGCUGGAGUCGUAUGUUCUGGGUUAAUAAUCUACAUACAACUAUGGUGCACCGAGGCAAAAGGACCGGUUUUUGUCACCAUGUUCAAUCCUCUCUCCACGAUAAUGGUUGCACUUCUAGCAUAUUUUGUUUUCGGUGAAAGAUUGUUUCUGGGAAGCAUCAUAGGGGGAAUAGUUGUCAUCAUCGGACUGUACUCGGUGCUCUGGGGCAAAGAAAGAGACCAAGAGAAGGAAACGAUGAGUCCUGAAGAGGCCUCUUUUGUGGCUCCUGGAAAAGAAAUAGGAGGAAGCCAGGACACGUUCAAGAACAUGUGUGGCAAAGCAGACAACACAAAAGGAUCUGAAGUGGUCUAAGCAAUAUCGAAUGGAUUCUCUGUCAAUUGUUGAGCUAGUUCUGUCAACUUGUGCUUAAACUCUCUCUCUCUCUCUCUCUCUCUCCCUCUCUCUCUCUCUCUCUCUCUCUCUAUAUAUAU